AGACCAAAGAGGUUUUGAUUACACAUAUAAGGCGUCGACUUAUGCCUCAAGCGGUUAAAGUGAGGGCCGAUAUAGAGGUGGGCUGUUGUGCCUAUGAGGGCAUCGAUGCCGUCAAAAACGCGUUGAGAGCCGGAAUUGCCUGUUCUCUGGAAGACAUGGCCAUCAAAAUCAAUUUAAUCGCUCCGCCAUUAUAUGUGGUGACGACCACUACUAUGGAUAGAGAGAGGGGUUUAGAAUUGUUGACCGAAGCGCUCGCGAAGAUCGAGGACUCGAUCAAGAAAGCCGGCGGAAUGUUCAUCGUUCAGGCGGCUGUUAAGUUUGGUGAAGCAGUUCUCGAUCUCUUGAACUCAACAAAGUGUUUGGGAAUUGCAAUACAAGUGCUGUUCUCUAUGUCUGUCACAAGCAAUGAAUGCCUGAAUUCCUCAGUU